UUUACCUUCUACAGGGUUUUUCUUUUAGUAUUUAUUAAACUUAUUUAUUUUAGGCUUUAUUUGACACAACGUUCAUUAAGUUAUACUUCUCGCCGUUUAGCUUCCAAUACAGUUUUGAAUUUUGUUCCUCAGCAAGAGGCUUGGGUUAUUGAAAGGAUGGGACGUUAUUUAAAGACACUCCAACCUGGUUUAAAUAUUCUUUUGCCAAUUAUUGAUAGCGUUAAAUAUGUCCAACCAUUAAAAGAAAUUGCUAUGGAAAUUCCUGAACAGAGUGCUAUCACUUUAGAUAAUGUUCAACUUACCUUAGACGGAGUUCUUUAUGUUAGAAUUAUUGACCCUUAUAAAGCUUCUUAUGGAGUAGAAGACCCCGAAUUUGCUGUAAAACAAUUGGCACAGACAACAAUGAGAUCUGAAGUUGGAAAAAUUAUUUUGGACACAGUUUUUAAAGAACGUGAAGUUUUGAAUAUUGCAAUCGUUGAAGCAAUAAAUAAAGCAGCAGAGCCUUGGGGAAUUGUUUGUUUGCGUUAUGAAAUUCGAGAUAUGAAAAUGCCUCAAAAAAUUCAAGAAGCGAUGCAAAUGCAAGUAGAAGCUGAAAGGAAAAAACGAGCAGCAAUUCUCGAAUCAGAAGGACAUAGAGAUGCAGCUAUUAAUAUUGCUGAAGGGGAAAAACAAGCUUGCAUUUUAGCCUCUGAGGCCAAAAUGCAAGAACAAAUCAAUGCUGCUAAUGGAAUUGCCAAAGCUAUACUUUUAGAGGCAGAAGCUCGUCAAAAAGCACUUAAUCACAUUUCAAAAGCUCUUAAUGAAGAAAAAGGCCGAGAUGCUGCUAAUUUAUUAGUUGCUGAAAAGUCUGUAAAAGCUUUUGAGAAAUUGGCAAAGGAAAAUAAUACUUUAAUUAUGCCUGCUGAUUUAAGUCCAAUAAAUUCUUUACUUAUUCAGGCAAUGUCUGUUUAUAAACAACUUUCUGACAAUCCACAAUCUUCCAAUGUUGAAAUUAAACAGAAAAAAUAGUUUUGACAAAUUAUUGGAUUUUUGAUUAUUGUUUUUGUUUUUAGUUAAAUUAUUUGGUUUAAAAUAAAUUUUGUUUAAAUUCAUUGUGUAGACGGUGUUUCCCCAACUAAAGGGCUGGGUCUAAUUAAUCACUGCCUGGUUCGGGCUUGGGUAACCUAAUUGAACCUAACCCGCUCCUUACAACCACUGCCAUAAUUGUUGUCUUAUUGUUAGUUGAGUAGGUCGCGAUAGCCAUUGCCGGGCUUAGGCAACCUAGUCCACAAACUUUUUCGCGGUGUACUCUGGAUGUUG